AUGAUAAAACAAAUUUUAAUAUUAAUUUCAAUUUUACUGUCUAUUUCUUAUGGACAAAAAGUGAUUCAUUUCAAUACUGCAUCUGAUUGUUUCCAAGGAUGUGAUUUCAAUGAUGGAUCAGUAUGGAUUGGAGGAGUUUCGCCAAACAACAACUAUCAAUACAUUGCAUCGAUCGAUUACUCCAACUCAAAGAACAAGUAUUCACAAAAGAUUGAUUCAUUUAUCAAUUUGAAGCUUGCCGGUUUGACCAUUAUUGGUAGUCCCGCCACCUCUGUCUAUUUCACAUUGUUUGCUCAAAGCGAUAUAGGACCUGCCCCCACUGUGAUUGGUGGUAAUGUCACCUUUACCAUUGCCAGUGGUGGAGCGUUUGGCGCCGACAACUUGACACUCGCCAACCAAGCCAGUCUCAUUCUCAAUUCAAACUGCAAUGCCUUGAUCAACACUGGUGUCUUUGAAGCUGGAUCACUCUACACUCAGGAUAGUUUGGGUAGUUUUGACUCUCAAUAUGGAUCUACUUUUGAAGGAACCUUUCAUGUAGCCAACCAAACCACAGUCUAUCUGUAUGGCAAAAACUACAUUGCUGGUAGUUUUAGCAUUCUCGGGGAGACCAAGAUUGAAGUCGCCGACAUUUACACACAGGCCUAUUUCUAUGACCUCCGAGUCACCAGUCUUGUCCAAGUCACCCCCCACAGUGGCCUAUUUGUCACCUAUGACUUGACCGCUCCAAACAUCUAUGUCUCCAACCAAGGUCGCCUCGCCACCAACCAAUACCAAACCCUCCCAGAAGACGGUUCACCCAUUAUCGUCAAUAUCGGCUUUAUCUGGAACGAUCAAGGUAGUACCGUCAGUUUUGGUCCAGCCGAUACCAUUACCAUCGGCCAAGUCAACUCUCUCGGAUCGGUUCAAUUCCGCGGUGACUCUCUUGUCACUGUACAGUCUAGUCCAUUGCAAUUGCAAUCAAACUUUACACUCUUUUACUUGAAUACCGUCAACAAUGCUGAUGGAUCCACUGCCACAUUCAACCUCAACAACACCUCUAUCGAAACCAUCAUUCCAUACACUUCAACCUCUGCCGAAACACUUGUCCUCAUUAAUUACACUGGAAAAAACAAUCAAUUGGGUUCAUCUGGUAUAAACUCUUUAGUCAACACCACUGUCAUUGUCAACGUUGACUCUACACUGUCUCUCUACAACUCUCAAAUAUCGUUUGUAAAAAAUUCUACCAUCUCUCUCUUGCCAGUUUCCAAUGUCAUCAUUGCAGGUGGUUCUCAAGUCACCAUUCCAAACAUUACCGUCCAACAAGCUACUCUGAGCAUUGCUAAUUCAAACUUGGAUGGUACCGUUUCCCUUUUCGACGGAGGUCGUCUCUUUUUCAAUGUAUCUACUACCACCUCUUCAAUCUAUCUCUCUGGUGAAUCCAAUGCCUUUUUAUCUGCUCCACUUUACAUUUCGGGUGGUCUCUACCUCACUGACUCUUCCUCUGUCGAUAUUACCGUUGAUCAAUUGGCCACUACCACCGGUUCGGUUUCCGUUGCAAUCCAAGGCGCCAUCAAUCUCGACUCAUACUCUCAAUUGACCAUUACCGUUCCCAAUGCUCAUAAUCUCAUCAUUGGAAAGACUUUUUACCUUGUAGCUAGUCAUGCUCCAAUCAACAUCGACACCAACAAUCAAGUCACCCUCAACAACUAUUUACCAAGUCAUUUGGUUCCACAAUUUGCUACCACAACUAUCAACUAUGUUAAUUAUUUAACUCUUACAGUCAUUUAUGUUCGUUAA